UAUCUCUUUACUGCUCAAAAAGUCCCCUCGUUUCCUCUCUUUUGAACUCAGAGCAUUAAAAAAGUUUUACCUUUCUUUUUUUCCUACUUUGCCAUGAACUCGCCAUGUGUUCAAGAACAACAGCCACAGAAACACUUUAUUCCCCAGGCAGAGGACAUUUUAACGGAUGAGGAUCUACUUGAACUAUUUCGAAUCAUUAAGCUCAUUAUUAGGAAAAAACCAGAUACAGAAAGAAUAGCCAAACUGUACUUUUGUAUCGUCUAUGCCUUGGGUGAUCAGUAUCCGUUUCAUAAACCAGCACAUGGAGACCAUAUCAUUUUCAGGGACGAAUUCAUGACCGGACACGUUCAACUGCCUUUUUCAGCUUUUUGUACUUGUCCUGAAAGAGCAGAAUCAAUACAGCAACAGCAGCCACCACCACCACAACAACAAAAGCAACUCUCUGUUUCUUACUUGACAAACCCUUCAAGUUCUUCAGCACCUCUACCUAGACUAAUAUCCAAAUCAGAAGAAACAAUGACAGACCGAUACUCCGUUAGACCCUAUACGCAUAUACGACCAAAUACUACCAUUAAUAAUAUUACUACUACUACUACUACUACCUGGUCUCCUGAACCAAUACAUAGCCAUCGUUCAUCAGAGUCAAGCCCUGGGAUCGACGUAGUCAUGGAACCAAAACAGAGAGGAUUUUAUUAUGAGGACGGAAGAAUCGCGAGAGAACCGCCACUGUUACAGAGAUAUGCCGAGCAAGGCGUACUCACACAAGCAUCACUAUUGAGAAAACGGAAAAAACAUACACCUGAUUUGGAAUAUCAUGAAUUAUCCAUCUUACCACCCAAAAAACCCAAGAUACCUCAUCGACAUGGAGAAUUUAAACAAAGACGUGAUGAUAUUAUCAGUCGAAUGCGAACCAUCAUGAUCACCGACCUUGAACAAAAGGCUCAGCGAUUACCUGAGGAUUUUAGUUUGGCGAUCGAACAAGUCAGUUUACCGGACGACCUUGAUGCAGAUCAACUCAAUACAGACGAAGCAGGCAAACUGUUGAUGCCUGCUCUGAUGAUCCUCACACACCAUUCGAACAUGAAGCCACACUUGGACAAUGGAAUGAACCAGAACGGGAUUUACUAUAAUAAUGACUACUUUAGAUUGUAUCUUGCAUUUGUACAGUUCCAAAACAUAUUUGCUCGUCUAUUUCCAAAUGAGAUCAUAAAAAUUGCCACACCAAGCUCGCUGGAAGAUGAAGCUGAAAGCCUGGUGUCAGAACGAGAUAAAGAUCGAGAAAGGAAUGUAAAUAUGAAAGCAUAUCGUGUCUGGAUCGAACCCCGUUUGACGGAGACCAACUGGGCCGCAUUCAGACGAAACGUUAUGGUCGGUGAGCGAAUGAUGCAGUUGACCAAGGUCGUUGGCCAGGGCGUGCUCUUGAUGACCAAGGAAUUGAGUGGAUCAAAGCUACACUUGACAUUUACAAAUAACGAAUGGGAUGAGUUCAUCCAAGGUCUCAGUCAAGGCAAGUGGGAUGAAACGAUCGAUUGGAGUCACGAAGAUCAAGAAAAGAUGCAAGGCGACAGUGAAAGUCGGCUUGUGAAUGAAUUAAGAUACAAGUUUGAUACUCACUUUUGGUUUACUGACCAAGGCACGCUGGUUUCUCCUGCAGAAAGAAGAGCAGCAAGAGCACAAGAAAAGGAAAAAAGAUUGAAUAAAGCGCGAAAUGCUGCUUUAUGAAAUUUAUUGUUCAGUGUAGAUAAUCAAUAAUAUUUUGUACAUAAAGAAAUUAAUAAUGACUACAACUUGGUGGUGU